GCUCAUGCCUCGAAGUGGUCCGUCGGAUAUUAUCUUCCCCCUCUUGCCAUGCGUGUUCGUGUACAACAGGAAACUAGCAAAACAAAGCAAACGCAGUAAAUAACGUACAAAAAGUCGUCAUAAUGACAAAACUAUGACCUUUAUUUCAUUUGAGUGCAUGUAGCUGCCAUGGAAACCGAUAAAGGAAGUGGAGCUGCUUCGGUGGAGAGUUUUCAUCCAAGUGCUGAAGACAUUGAGAAGUGGAUGACCAGCGCGUUUGACAUGGCCAGAGAUGCUCUGGAGAGCGGAGAGGUUCCUGUUGGAUGUCUGAUGAUCUACAAGGAUGAAAUCGUGGGUAAAGGACGAAAUGAAGUCAACGAGACCAAAAAUGCGACCCGCCACGCAGAGAUGGUGGCUCUGGACCAGCUCCUGGACUGGUGCCGUCGCAGCUGUUUGGACCCGAGCAGCGUGUGUGAGCAAACGGCUCUUUAUGUGACGGUGGAGCCGUGCGUCAUGUGUGCUGCCGCCCUGCGCCUGCUCCACAUCCCCGUGGUCGUGUACGGCUGCAGGAACGAGCGCUUUGGAGGCUGCGGUUCCGUUCUGGACGUUUCCUCUGCAGACCUGCCUCAGACCGGGACCACGUUCAAGUGUGUUUCAGGUCACAGAGCAGAAGAAGCCGUUGAGAUGCUGAAGACUUUCUACAAACAGGAGAAUCCAAAUGCACCAAAACCCAAAACAAGGAGGGACUGAAGCUUCCCUGUUGUGGAUAAACAUUUUUAUGCUGUUUAAUGUUGUUUGUGUUUUUGUAAAUGAAUAAAUCAUGUGACUUUUCUACAAUCA